AAAACCUCCCGUCGCCAACGAGGAAGCGCUCCCUCAUACAAGACAGUUUUUACUUUCAUUUUGCAUCGCGAGGCGAAUUUAUCGUCUCUUUUAUUUGAACAAAUUUCGGAAACGUUUUUGACCGUCUGAAGGUGAAGUCAUGAAGGCCUUUAUCUGCACUGUUCUGGUGGGUCUGCUCUGCCUCCCGGAGCCUUCACGGACCACAGAACAUCCACCCAAGGUUCAGGUGUACAGCCGUAACCCGGGACAGUUCGAUAAGCCCAACGUUUUCAUCUGCCAUGCGAGCGGCUUCCACCCCCCGGAAAUCCGCAUUGAGCUGCUCAAGAACGGAGGGGAAAUACCUGGCGCCAAGCAGACCGACCUGGCCUUCGAGGAGACCUGGUACUACCACCUGACCAAACACGUACCCUUCACUCCACAGAAAGGAGAGCUGUUUUCUUGCAGAGUGACUCACAUGGGAAAGUCCAAGACAUACAACUGGGAAGCAGAUGUGUAAUUCCUAUGCUCCACCUUUGCUCCAGGUCUGCUCAGUCUCAAGAAGGUGAAGAAGAUUGGAACAUUUUGUCUAUACUCGCUGGGUUUACUCGCGAAAGUUUGAGCAUCAGAAAAUGAGAGGAAAGACGGCCCUUAAAAACCCAGCUGGCUUUUUCUGGAUCAGAAAGUCCAAAUGGCAGUGGAGCCUCAUUAGUUUGCUGUGAAAAAGGCAGCAACACUCCAAAACAACAAGCCUUAAAUUACAAGAUGAUAUGUUUCAUAAUGAAAACUAGGAAAAAAUAAAUAAACACAAUGAAUUACUAAUUGAUGCUCCUCACCCAGUUUUCUCUCCCUGUAUUAUUUGACCUGUGGUAAAUGCGUUCACACUAGUCGUUUUGUGUCCUGGCAAAAAAAGGAUUUUUAACUAUGAAUAUUUAGUCCAUGUAUGAAGAAAAUGUUUUCUGGGUUGCAGUAGAUUUCUUUGUUACGGCAAAACUGAGUGUGCCACCCUGUAUCCAGUUUAUUUAACACAGACCUGCUCUAUCAUUGUGAUAUUAAGUCCUAAUGGCCGACACCUAAUAAUGUGGACAUCCGUGGAUAUGACAUUUACUGUGACAGACAGCUCAACGUAGUCAUGUCAACAACAUGGCAGUAUUACAAAAAAACAAGUGCAAUGAUUAGUAAUGAAACACUGAGCCACAGUGUGCAACAAGUUCUGAGUAUAUAAGGUACAGGGUAAGUGAUCACCAAUAAAAUCAUGUAAAUGUAUGAGGGCCUGCUCUUAAUUAAUUAAUUCUCCAAACAAAAUAUUAAAUUAGAAUUUCAGUUACUUUAAAUGAUGGAUUUUUAGCACCUGCUGUCAGAUACAGUGGCUCAUGGCUCGCAGGAAGUGUCCUGUCAGCUGAGUACAAAUUUUACCGCUCUGAGGAGUCAUUGGAUUUAAUAUUCAUAUGAAAAAUAUUGCUUUGUGGAGCUUUACCUUUUGUUUUGGGGUUUUUUGGGGGGGGGGGGGGUUUCGGUGAUGAUUUGAAAUAUAAACGUUUGCAUACUCUGAUUCUUAAUCUUACCUCUUCUCAUGAGUUAUAAUUCACAUAAAAGGAAACUAAAUAGUUCUUUAACUUUCACUGUGCACAGAUUAGCUCAUUAAAUAGAAGGAGAGGGUUAAGUUUAUGAUUUUUUUUAGUGGGGAUUUAUUGUACAGAGUGAUUCUAAGCUACAGCACUUACCUUUGUUUUUUUUUUUCUGGUUUGCUGUAUACAUGUAGAUUUGUGCCUGACAGCACCUGUCCAGCUCAUAUCGACUGUAAACUUAUUUUUACAUUGAUUUUCUGUGAUUACAUUGUUUAUGGCUCUUCAGAUUAAAUUUAUUUGGAAAUAAA